GGUGCAGUGUGUGAGUUACCAUUGCAGUGGAGAAUAAUUCAUAGUUAGAGUGUAGAGAGAUACCCCUCAACCCCACACGGGAUGUUUAAUAUUGCCAUAUGCCAAGUGAGAAUAUAAAUUAUAUUUUCCUUUUACUGACAAGUAAAAAGGCGUAGGCUACAUGACUAGAUGGAAUCCGAAUAUUCUCCGCAAAGACGAUAGCUACAGCCCCUCCUCUCGCCCGCUUGUGCACAACGGACGCCAAGGUAACACAAUGUACACAGAUACAGGAACGAGAACAAUUCAUACUUUUAUAAACCAAGCUGAGGAUCGAAGACCCGCGAAUUAAAGAUGCCCCCAGAAGGAGGGAAGUCAGAUAUGGAGAGGAUUGGAGUCUUCAAGGAAAUGCGAUACAUCUCCAUUGGAGACAAAUACACCCCUUUUAUUCAGCGUCCCUGCAAUGAGUCUGCUCAGAAGGGUAAACAAAUACUGACUGGUGGGGCCACCAAGAAGAAGUCAGGGUUACAAGUGGGCUACUUUGACACUCACUUCAAGCGGGUCUUUGAAAAAGAAGCCCUCACAGACCCUGUGAGGCUCGCCCGGCAAUACAGGAGUCAGCAGUCCAAGAAGAACGUAGGCAGCGCCUUCCUCCCCAGCAAUGGAGAGAAGAAACCGUCAGGGGUUGGCAGCUAUUACGGAACUCUGAGUGGUCCCAUCCAGGCCAUGAGUCCUAUGAAGGUCCCCAGGAAGCUGUGCAAACCAUCAGGCAAGAACAUCCUCACCAACCCACCCAAGAGGGGAAGUGGAUACAGCUAUCCAAAUGUCACCCUGUCCAAAGUUGUCCCUUACUCCUCGGACCCCUAUGACAGAGCAAAUGAGAUGUUGAAGAAAGAGACAGUAAGCCAUAAAGCUAUGCUGAAAGGUGGUGCUUUCCACUUGAACCUCCACCCAAAGGAAUGUUUCGACAACAACCCAUACAAACUGGACAAGCCUCUGCCACCUCUGAAGAGAUUGGAGGAGAAGAAGAGAUUUGUGGUUCCCUUCAAACCCAGCUCACCAAACAAAACAAUUGGCGGCAUGAAAGCAGGUACGUUUGAUAUUUACCCCACUCACUCUGCUGACCUCUACAUCACCCGGAGAUCCAAAUCUGUGACCGUGAAUAAGGAAGGAAAGGUAUUUCACCCAUCUCCCGGACCAAAGAGCACCCCGGUGAAGAGCAUCAUCAGUGUUAAUGUGAACAGGUCUGUGCAUGUCCCGGUCCACUGGUCUCAAGCCGUGGGGUAAACGGUGAUGACAUCGUGUCCCUCUGGAGGUAUCGUCCGGGCGCGGGCAUGGGUCUCGCAGUACAGCUGCCCCUCCACAAAGAAGUAGCCCCUCUGCUUCAGGUUGACUUUGCAGUCGGAGCACACAAAACAUCCAGGGUGGCGGAACUUUUCUCUGGCCUUCACCACUGUGCCUCUGCAGGGGACAAGAGAGAGUUGACUGUCUUACUGUGGGAGCAGGGGACAAGAGAGAGUUGACUGUCUUACUUUGGGAGCAGGGGACAAGAGAGAGUUGACUGUCUUACUGUGGGAGCAGGGGACAAGAGAGCAUUUACUGUCUUACUGUGGGAGCAGGGGACAAGAGAGAGUUGACUGUCUUACUGUGGGACCAGGGGACAAGAGAGAGUUGACUCUUACUGUGGGAGCAGGGGACAAGAGAGAGUUGACUGUCUUACUAUGGGAGCAGGGGACAAGAGAAUUGACUGUCUUACUGUGGGAGCAGGGGACAAGAGAGUUGACUGUCUUACUGUGGGAGCAGGGACAAGAGAGAGUUGACUGUCUUACUGUGGGACCAGGGGACAAGAGAAUUGACUGUCUUACUGUGGGAGCAGGGGACAAGAGAGUUGACUGUCUUACUGUGGGAGCAGGGGACAAGAGAGUUGACUGUCUUACUGUGGGAGCAGGGACAAGAGAGAGUUGACUGUCUUACUGUGGGACCAGGGGACAAAGAGAGUUGACUGUCUUACUGUGGGAGCAGGGACAAGAGAGAGUUGACUGUCUUACUGUGGGACCAGGGGACAAGAGAGUUGACUGUCUUACUGUGGGAGCAGGGGACAAGAGAAUUGACUGUCUUACUGUGGCACCAGGGGACAAGAGAGAGUUGACUGUCUUACUGUGGGAGCAGGGGACAAGAGAGAGUUGACUGUCUUACUGUGGGAGCAGGGGACAAGAGAUAGAAGACUGUCUUACUUUAGGAGCAGAAGAAGCAGGGGACAAGAGAGAGUUGACUGUCUUACUGUGGGACCAGGGGACAAGAGAGAGUUGACUCUUACUGUGGGAGCAGGGGACAAGAGAGAGUUGACUGUCUUACUAUGGGAGCAGGGGACAAGAGAAUUGACUGUCUUACUGUGGGAGCAGGGGACAAGAGAGUUGACUGUCUUACUGUGGGAGCAGGGACAAGAGAGAGUUGACUGUCUUACUGUGGGACCAGGGGACAAGAGAAUUGACUGUCUUACUGUGGGAGCAGGGGACAAGAGAGUUGACUGUCUUACUGUGGGAGCAGGGGACAAGAGAGUUGACUGUCUUACUGUGGGAGCAGGGACAAGAGAGAGUUGACUGUCUUACUGUGGGACCAGGGGACAAGAGAGAGUUGACUGUCUUACUGUGGGAGCAGGGACAAGAGAGAGUUGACUGUCUUACUGUGGGACCAGGGGACAAGAGAGUUGACUGUCUUACUGUGGGAGCAGGGGACAAGAGAAUUGACUGUCUUACUGUGGCACCAGGGGACAAGAGAGAGUUGACUGUCUUACUGUGGGAGCAGGGGACAAGAGAGAGUUGACUGUCUUACUGUGGGAGCAGGGGACAAGAGAUAGAAGACUGUCUUACUUUAGGAGCAGAAGAAGCAGGGGACAAGAGAGAGUUGACUGUCUUACUUUGGGAGCAGGGGAUAAAAGAUAGAAGACUGUCUUACUUUAGGAGCAGAAGAGCAGGGAAAAAGAGAGUUGACUGUCUUACUUUGGGAGCAGGGGAUAAGAGAUAGAAGACUGUCUUACUUUAGGAGCAGAAGAGCAGGGAACAAGAGAGUGUUGACUGUCUUACUGUAGGAGCAGGGGACAAGAGAGUGUUGACUGUCUUACUGUGGGACCAGGGGACAAGAGAAUUGACUGUCUUACUGUGGGAACAGGGGACAAGAGAAUUGACUGUCUUAAUGUGGGACCAGGGGACAAGAGAAUUGACUGUCUUACUGUGGGAACAGGGGACAAAAUAAUUGACUGUCUUAAUGUGGGAGCAGGGGACAAGAUGAUUGACUGUCUUACUGUGGGAGCAGGGACAAGAGAUAGUUGACUGUCUUACUGUGGGACCAGGGGACAAGAGAAUUGACUGUCUUACUGUGGGAACAGGGGACAAGAGAAUUGACUGUCUUAAUGUGGGAGCAGGGGACAAGAUGAUUGACUGUCUUACUGUGGGAGCAGGGACAAGAGAGAGUUGACUGUCUUACUGUGGGACCAGGGGACAAGAGAAUUGACUGUCUUACUGUGGGACCAGGGGACAAGAGAAUUGACUGUCUUACUGUGGGAACAGGGGACAAAAUAAUUGACUGUCUUAAUGUGGGAGCAGGGGACAAGAUGAUUGACUGUCUUACUGUGGGAGCAGGGACAAGAGAUAGUUGACUGUCUUACUGUGGGACCAGGGGACAAGAGAAUUGACUGUCUUACUGUGGGAACAGGGGACAAGAGAGAAUUGACUGUCUUAAUGUGGGAGCAGGGGACAAGAUGAUUGACUGUCUUACUGUGGGAGCAGGGACAAGAGAGAGUUGACUGUCUUACUGUGGGAGCAGGGGACAAGAUAAUUGACUGUCUUACUGUGGGACCAGGGGACAAGAGAAUUGACUGUCUUACUGUGGGACCAGGGACAAGAGAGAGUUGACUGUCUUACUGUGGGACCAGGGGACAAGAGAAUUGACUGUCUUACUGUGGGACCAGUGACAAGAGAAAUUUGACUGUCUUACUGUAGGACCAGGGGACAAGAGAUAGAAGACUGUCUUACUUCAGGAGCAGAAGAGCAGGGGACAAGAGAGAGUUGACUGUCUUACUGUGGGACCAGGGGACAAGAGAAUUGACUGUCUUACUGUGGGACCAGGAACAAGAGAGAGUUGACUGUCUUACUGUGGGACCAGGGGACAAGAGAGAGUUGACUGUCUUACUGUAGGACCAGGGGACAAGAGAGAGUUGACUGUCUUACUGUAGGACCAGGGGACAAGAGAUAGAAGACUGUCUUACUUCAGGAGCAGAAGAGCAGGGGACAAGAGAGAGUUGACUGUCUUACUGUGGGACCAGGGGACAAGAGAGAGUUGACUGUCUUACUGUGGGACCAGGGGACAAGAGAGUUGACUGUCUUACUUUGCCUAAUCUUGUCUACCAGACACUUCCUCCCAAUGCUCUGAAUUAUUGUUAUUAUGCGCUGUGUGCAAUUAGCCUAGGCAGGAGGUUAUACUUUGCCAUCCAGAUAUAUUUAUGGAUCCAAAACCACCAUAGCUCUAACCAUACCCCACUUAGACCUUGGUCUUAUGCAACAGCAGAUGUGCCCCACCACAUCAAAAGUAUCAGAGGCAGGUAUAUUCCCUAACUCGAUCCUUUCAUGUACUUCUUACUUUCAUCCCCCAAAACCAAAAGAUGAGAGAGGACAGAUCUUGUGUUUCCUCACCGCAAAAACAUUCCUGCCAUGGUUUCUCAUUACCUCCUUGUUCACAUGUGUAUAAUGUAGCGGAGGUCCUUUGUGGUUUAUUAUUACAUUAUUUUUGGUUUAGUCAUUAUCCGGAAUAUGAAGAGGGUAGGAUAAGACAGGUCAUUGGGCGAGGGUAGGAUCAGAUGGGUCAUUGGGCGAGGGCAGGAUCAGACGGGUCAUUGGGCGAGGGUAGGAUCAGACAGGUCAUUGGGCGAGGGUAGGAUCAGACAGGUCAUUGGGCGAGGGUAGGAUCAGACAGGUCAUUGGGCGAGGGUAGGAUCAGACGGGUUAUUGGGCGAGGGUAGGAUCAGACGGGUCAUUGGGCGAGGGUAGGAUCAGACAGGUCAUUGGGCGAGGGCAGGAUCAGACGGUUCAUUGGGAGAGGGCAGGUUCAUUGGGAGAGGGCAGGAUCAGACGGUUCAUUGGGAGAGGGCAGGAUCAGACGGGUCAUUGGGAGAGGGCAGGAUCAGAUGAGUCAUUGGGAGAGGGCAGCACCAUGGCACUCCAGUGCCUUAUUUCCUGUCAGCCUGGGUAGUGGGUACUCACACUAUGCCGUUUCCACACUUGUCACAGAGGGGUAGUUUCUGUAGCGAUCCCGCAGGUGUAGGAGGCUUUGUCACUGGAGCUCUUACACUUCUAGUAAUCAACGGCUUUGCUCCUAUUAAUGCACAAAACAUUGGUUUACUGCUGUGUUAAGGUGUCAAUCCCUGCUACGUGUAAUCCGUUUCUACCCAACCCUGCUCAUUCUACCUUUUAUCAAUAAAUAAUUACUUAAA